AUCCUUAAAUUCAAUUCCCAAUUGACUUCAGAAUGAAUUUUAACGACGAUCCACUGGCGGAGCUGCUUAGCGAUAAUAGCCUGGACAAUGACAACUUUUUCGACACUCCAGGCGGAGGAGGAGGAGGUCCCAAGAAACCGGCCAAAGUGGCAAAGCCCAAGGGCAAACUGGAGGAUUUGUUUGGCAUUCAGGAGGAGACGGAGGCGGAUGUGCAGGGUCAGGGAUCGGGAGCCAGGAUCAAGCCCAAUGCCACCAGCACGCCCAGAAUUGUGAAACAGAAGCCCUCGAUCUCGCUGGACGAUGAUCUUGCGGAGGACGAUGACUUGGGGUUCGAUCCGAAAAGACCCAAGAGUGGUGGUGCCAAAAGGAGCCUGUUUGACGACCUGCUAACCAGCAAUGCGGAGCCCAAGAAGAACAUCUUCGAUGAGAUUCUGUCUGGAGAUGCCGGCAAACGUCCGGCCACCGCGAAGCCAUCGAUGUCCCGCCAAUCCACGGACACCACCACGGAUAAUUCGCAGGCGAGGCCCAAGACUUCAACGGGAAGAAGGAGUUCCGCUCAGUCGGCCACCAUUAAUGCAGAUCCUUUGGGUCUCUUUAACCGGGAUACAAAUGCCACUGUUUCGGGCAUGUCCACGCCGGUUUCCAGGAAGCGGGGCAACACCGCGGAUUGGUUGGGUCUGGAGCAGGAGGCGGAGCAGCGACCCACGACCCCAAAGCCACAAACCCCCAAGAAACAGUCGUCCAGCGAAGGACCAUCGAAGAAUGCAGCCGAUAUCCUGCGUCUUCCCGACUCCGAUGAGAACGAAAUGGAGCAGGAACCGGAAGUACCUACUAUUCCAGCUCCAUCCGGCGUCACUGCCUCCACCCAGAAUAUCCUGAUGCUCAGCAAUCUCAAUCUGGAGAGCAAUCACAAAUUCAAUGCCCUGCAGCAACAGGAGGCGCAACUAGUGAUAGCUGCGCAAAUGAAGAAUCAGGAGAGGACCCUGCUCGAAAUGCAGAGGCGCCAGGAGAGCCAGGACCGAAAGUUCCAGGCGCUAAUCCAACAGCAACUGCAGCGCCAGCAGCAAAUGGAGGAGCACAUCAAGGGGCAGCAGGAGCGGAUUAAUAUGCACAUUCAGCUGAUGAUGUCGCAACCUGUGCAUGUCCAGGAAGUGGUUUCCGCAAUCGCGCCUCCUGAGAAACCUGUACCGGAAACGGAAACGAAGGAGGCCCAGAAGGCGGCCAGCCAGGAUCAGGAGCAAAUGCUCCUACUCGAAAUGGAGGCCAAGCGGAAUCUGCUGGAGAAACAGCGACUAGAUGAACUGGUGGCCAACAUGAAGGUCAACUACGAGCAGGAGAUCGAAAUGAUUGAUACCUCGUAUAAAAAGCAAAUAAAAGUUUUAGAGGAGCACUUGUCCGCCGUCGAGGAUCGCCUCAAGUCAGAAAACACCGAGUUGCGUCAGUACUACACCGACAAACUGGAGAAGCAGAAGGAGGACUACGUGGAGCUGAUCUCCAAUCUGAGGCAGGAUCACGAGGACGAGGUGCGCAAACUGCGCCAAUCCCACGAACUUGACCUCGAGGGCAUACGGCAGGCCAAAAUGCUGGAGCUCUCGGCGGUGCAGGAUCAUGGCAACUACCUGGAGACCCUUCGCCUGGCCUCCAGCAAUCUCCAAGAGCUGCGCGACGGGAUGAGUGGCAGCCAGGAGAAGGAGCGCCUGUUGGAGGCACGGGAACGUCGGUUGGCCGACCAGGAGCGCCGCUUGAAGAUCGACGAGGAGACGGCCGAUGAGGAAAAGCGCCGCCUGAUGGAGCUGGUCAGCACCUUGGAGCUGCAACUGGGCCGCCUGUCCAAGGACUCCGCGGAGGAGAACUGGCAGCUGCGUCAGCGAAUGUCCAGUUUGGAGGCGGAGCGCAAGGCCUUCGAGCGCGAAAAGGACUUUCAUCGAGAGCAAAUGCAGCGGGACGAGAAGCGUGUGGAGGAUCUGAAGUCCCUGCAGCUGGCGGAGACGGAGCGACUGCAUCAGGAUCUUCAGCAGGAGCGCAAUCAACUGGCAGUGGAACGCCAGCAAAUGGAGCUGAGGCAGCAGCUCCACGGGCACGGCGACCUGGACAAGGAUCGCCGGGAGCUGGAGGCCCAACUGCAGGUGGCCCGCGAGGCCAUUCGGCGGGCGGAUGAGGAGCGCGAUCGCUGCCACAAGCUGCAGCGCGAGGUGGAGCAGCGGAAGCGCCUCCUCUUGGACAAGGAGAAUGCCCUGAAUCUCAAGGAGGACGAACUGGGCCAGGCCACCGGCGCCUAUCGACUGGCCACCAGUCGCACCCACAUGGCCGAGCACAAGGCUCGCGAAGCGGACCAGCUGCUCCAGGCCAAGCUCAAGAUAAUGGGCAAGCGGGCCCAGGAUCUCGGCGAGAAGGAGGCACAGCUGGCUCAGGAACGCAUGCUCCUCGCCCAGGAUCGCAUCGCUCUGGUGAAUCUUAAAAAGCAGAUUCUACGCAGCAGAUGUGCCCUCUGCAAAAUGGGAGCCGAAUCUGCAGAGAUCGCCCUGCGAAGGGGUAAUAAUAGUAAUAAUCUCGUGACGACCACGGACCUUCAGUUGCCCCAAAUGACGACCGGCAGCGCGGAGCUCCUGCUCAAGAUGUCCGCUCAAGAACCGGGACAGGCUCCGAGUGACAUUGUGGAGCGAAUGCUGGACGAGAACAUCGAGGCCUCCUACCGCAGGAUGUACAAUGCUCCGCCUAGCAGUUCCCUUGACGAGGCCGACUACGGAUUGGCUGGUGGGUUGGACGAUGACUCCAAGGUGGCCAUGGAUCAUGGCAGAAACCUCGACCUAGAUGAGGCUUUUUUGGCCAACUUCAAAUAG